AUGACAGCCUUCUUAGACUCUCUCAACACCCAGUUCCGCAUGAAAGAUCUGGGCCAAAUGCACUAUUUUCUUGGAAUUCAGGCUCACUUCCAUCCUUCAGGUCUCUUCCUCUCCCAGCAGAAGUAUGCAGAAGACCUGUUAGUUGUUGCAGCCAUGAGCGAGUGCUCUUCUAUUGCAACACCUUUGCCUGAACAACUAGAAAACACGAGAGCUAAGAACAAGGAACCGUUUCCAAACCCCACCUAUUUUCGAAGUCUAGCUGGAAAAUUACAAUACCUGACUCUUACAAGGCCCGACAUCCAGUUUGCGGUAAAUUUCGUUUGUCAGAAAAUGCAUGCUCCAACUUUUGCAGAUUUCCAUCUUCUCAAGCGAAUCCUUCGCUACAUCAAAGGCACAAUCACAAUGGGACUCAAUUUCAAUAAGAACACAAGCAGUACUCUCAGAGUGUACAGUGAUAGCGAUCAUGGAGGUUGUAAGCAGAACUCUGUUGCUCGAAGCUCCACGGAAGCAGAGUACAGGGCGAUGUCCGAUGCAGCAGCUGAGAUUUCUUGGAUCUGCAAUAUUCUUAAGGAGCUUGUGAUUCCUCAGUAUCAGGCCCCAGAACUGUACUGUGACAAUCUCUCUGCUGUUGAUCUCACGGCGAAUCCUGCGUUUCACAAGAAAAGUAAGCAUUUUCUGAACCACUAUCAUUAUGUAAGAGAGAAAGUUGCUCUAGGAACGAUUCUGGUAAAACAUAUACCUGGUCAUCAGCAAAUCACCGACAUCUUCACGAAGUCGCUUCCGUUCCGACCUUUCAGUAACCUCCGGUACAAACUCGGUGUGGUCCUUCCUCCCACACAGAGUUUGCGGGGGAGUAUCAGUAAGAACUCAACAGCUCCGGUUCCUUCAGUCAAGAACUCAGCUCUAGCUUCUUCUGUCAAGAUCGAAAAUAAAUCUGGUCAGAAGUGGGAUCGAGCAAACACGAAAGUAAAGAAGGAAGACGAAGAGAUCGAAGAGAGUGUCUCACGGUUGAUGUGA